GGUAAUCAGAGCUGCAGAUGUUCUUCCUCCAAAACCCUCACGUCGACUGUUUAUAGGCAGAAAUCGGUGGAUUUAUUCUCUUGUGGCUACACUAUCAACAGGAGACAACAGCUUGACGGUUUUCUUCAGGUAGUAAUUUGUAUUGGAGUUGGGGUCUAUCUGAAAAUGAUUGAAACACGAAGACGUGAAUAGGAGGUGGACCGAAAUUUGUCAAUUGAGUCAAGAGAGUGUAACUCGCUUCACUGGACCAUUGGAUUUUCACUAGUUUCUGGAGUAGUUUGGCAAUUUUACGAGCGCGUGAAAGGUUGUGACUUUAAUUUUGGAUAACGCCGUAAUUUUGAAGCGUUUUUGGUGAAGUGCAACGUCUAAAACUUGCGCUGCCUUCGCCGGCCACCACAACAUCAGCUUCACUUCCGAUUGGGAUACUGGCGCUGUUCUGCGUGUCUUCACGCAAUAAAAAUUUCCUUUGUCUGGUGUUGACACUCUCGGCAAUUUUGUCGGCUGGUACUUACAACUUUAUGGUCCGUUUGGAAACGGGAAGGGAGCUUUUCGUAGUCACGGUUUACUACGUUUAUAUUAUACAUCGCUCAUCCUUCCAAAUCAAGACGUUUUAUUCUACAAUCGUGACAAAUAAACUUUACGAAGAAAAGGUUAUUUGACUAAUUUUUAUUGUUUCGUAAGAAAAGGUUAAAAGGUGUGGACCUUUAAAAGUGACACAGGCAGAAACGUGUGUGUUAUUUUCAUGCUUUACUUUGUUGAGCCCGGCUUGUUGCAUUCGUGUGUUUGUGCCAACAAUUAAUUCCGUACUAUAAAUGUGGCAAGCACUCAAUAUCAAGUUAUAGUUCACCAGUCUUGGAGUUACAUGUGCACUACGGUGAAGAAACACAGCUGUUAUGACAGACAGUCAAGGAUGUCACACUGUACAGCCGACUCCUUCGUCUCCAAAUUCUAACCCAUUCAAAUCUUGGCGUGAUGUUGUUGAUGUUGACUUGCAAACAAAUGAGAGAAUUAUGCCUGUGAACAAUAACCCUAAUGAAGAUCCGCAGGCUCAUGCUCAUCAUAAUGGAGAUGCCUCUCAUACAGAGUUAGACUCUCAAAUGGCUGAAAGUGAGAUCCAACAAAGAACUAGAAAUCUGCGUAAAGAUCUAAGGCUUGACCUUGUUGAGACAAACUCUGAUACUAGUCUUCCUCCACCUAAAAGUUCAUGGUUGCUGCGCCUGUUUGAAUCCAAGCUAUUUGAUAUGUCAAUUGCAAUUGCAUACUUAUUCAAUUCCAAAGAACCUGGAGUGUUGACGUACCUUGGGAAUAAACUAUUUAGCUUUGAUGAUGAAGAUGUCAACUUCUACUUGCCGCAGCUCAUUAACAUGUACAUCCAUGUGGAUGAAGUGUCAGAAGCUCUUCACAGAUACUUGGCUGAGAGGUGCAAAAGAAGCUUUUCCUUCGCUCUGCAGGCUUCUUGGUUAUUAGAAGCAUAUUGUGCUGAUGGAUGGCUUCCAUCUAAAGAGUAUGCUAGAGGCAUUAGAUUACUGCAGUUGGUGUUGGAGGGAUGCAGGCCAAGGUCACCCUUAAGUCCAUCAGGCGUAGUUGGGUCUCAUGCAUUACCUUCACCUGUCUCUCCAGCAGCCACAGGUGCAACAUUAACCACUCCAACAAAGAAAACCCACCAGAGAUCAAAAUCAGAUGCCACUGCGGCUAUCACAGCUUCUACACGCCUAAUGCACUCCAAUGAAUAUGAAUCAUCGCCAACUGGAGACCUGAGGUAUGGCCAUGCUUUUGACAGUCGCUGCACCAAACACUCACCAGCCAUAUCCCCUAAUGCAUCCAGUCCUGCACUUACUGAGCUGGCUCGAACUCCUGACUGUGGCUGCCAGACUCCAAGGCUUGUAGCUCAAAGAGAGUUCAUGAGUGCACUGAUUGCCGUAGGCAAGAGACUUACAUCCCUACCAACCAAGGAUCUCAAGACAUCCAGACUAUAUGCAGAAUUGUCACUGCUAAACCUAAACUUACCUGCCAAAGUUAGCCUUCCAGUGCAUCCUGGAAUUGGAGAUCAUUAUGUUGUGAGGAUACCGCACACUGCUGCAGUCGUUCUGAACUCCAAAGAUAAGGCUCCCUAUAUGAUAUAUGUAGAAGUCUUAUGCACUUCAGGAAAUGAAGACGAUCCAUUUCCAUCCAAACAGUUCCAGCCUACGUUACGACAAACAAGAUCAGAAGAGCACUUACCCACCUACUGCCGCUCUGACGUCAUACAAUUUACAGUAUCUGGUGGAGAUUCAGAUGAUGAAUGCUGGUCUACAGUGAUUGAAGAUAAAUCAAAACAAGAUGUAAUGGAUGGCCCAUUUGUUGCUGCAGGGGACAUAAGACGGAGACUCUCAGAGUCCCUUAGUGCCCCCCAAGCCUUGUUCAAAAGGGACCCGGAGGAUCCUUCAGCUGCUGUUCUCAAGGAGCCAUGGGAAGAAAAAGAAGCAAGGAUUCGAGAAGCUUCACCAUACGGUCAUGUGCCCAAUUGGAAACUGUUACCGAUGAUCGUGAAGUGUGGAGAUGAUCUUCGUCAGGAACUUCUCGCCUACCAGCUGCUGCUACAAUUCCAGGCCAUUUGGAGACAGGAAAGGGUGCCCCUUCGUCUAAGGCCAUACGCUGUGGUGGUGACCUCGAGUGAUAGUGGGCUCAUUGAACCUGUGGUAAACGCUGUCUCUCUUCAUCAGAUCAAGAAACACAGUCAAAUGUCUCUCAUGAAUUACUUCAUCAAGGAACAUGGUGACAUAAACUCAGAAGAGUUUCUGAACGCUCAGCGGAAUUUUGUCCAGAGUUGUGCCGCGUAUUGUCUGGUCUGUUAUUUUAUGCAAGUCAAAGACAGACACAAUGGCAAUAUUUUACUGGACGGAGAAGGUCAUAUUAUCCACAUCGACUUUGGAUUUAUCCUCUCGUGCUCACCCCGAAACUUGGGUUUCGAGAGUUCGCCCUUUAAACUCACUCACGAAUUUGUGGAGGUUAUGGGUGGAAUCGAUAGCGACAUGUAUAACUACUUCAAAAUACUGAUGCUACAGGGCUUUCUGGCCGCGCGUAAGAAUAUGGACAAGUGUCUACAGCUGGUCGAGAUCAUGCAGACAGGCUCACAGCUUCCUUGUUUUAACCGCGGUUCGUCUACAGUGCGGGCCAUGAGAGAAAGAUUCCACAUGAACUUGACAGAGGAGCAGCUGGACGUUUUUAUCAAUGAACUGGUGGAAACCAGCAUGCACUCGCUAACCACAAAACUUUACGACGGUUUCCAAUACCUCACUAAUGGUAUUUUAUAACAAGAGAUACACCUGGCAGACAAAGCCACCAGUAUGUCCUUCUUACAGUGGUCGAAUGCAAGCUUUGCUUCAAAGCUUUCAGUGUCAAGUUCGGGGUUUUUACCCUGAGAACAGAGAAGGCCUAUUGAAGUCGACCAACCGCUUUGAGUGGAAUUAUAAAAGAGAUGUGCUAGUCCAGAAAGGCUAUCAGCAAUUUUUACACCUGAAAACUGAACUGAGAAAUAUAUCUGCAAAAAAAUAUUUCCUAUUCCAAUUGUACAGAAUUUUUAUGCUAAACAAAAGAUGCUGUUAAAAUACAUCAUCCCUUUGAAAUGAAAUUGUUAAACAAGGGAUACGCUUCACAAAAGACGACUAACAUUAUUUCACCGCUAAAAUCGUUUAUAUGCUGUGUAGUGAAAAUUCUUUCAGUACCCUGCUGGUGCAUGAACCACCUAAAAUCCUGGAAAAAACAAGACGACUGGUCUACCGUGUUUUUUUUUAGAAAAAGAGCGAAGCGACGUCUGGAAAUUAAAUCAGUGCGUUAAUCAAGUAGUGAUGAGAUACAGCGCGAUUCCUUUGCUAAUGAAGUGGAAACUUAGAGAUGGGUAUUAAUGAGAGGAGCUUCAGGAAAUCCCCGAGUAAAAUGUCUUCACAGAGAUAACUAUAGAUUGCUUCCUUGGUUCUAUUAUCAAGCAUUGCAAUCAGUGGAGCAUUACUGACGCUCUUGGUGGAUAGACAAGCGAUUCAUUUGCCGUAAUUCAAGAGCUGUACUCGUCAAUUUAAUAUUAGCUAUGUCGGUAAUUUAUUUGUCACACUCUAGGUUUACGCAGGACAAGCUGUAAAGAAUCUGUUAUUUUUGUUGUUUUUUUUUAAGUGCUUUGAUAAAAUAAUUGAACCGUUGA